AUCCCUCCGUUCGCCGGCUCUAGUAUUGUGAGUGAGUGAGUAGUGAAGCCAACCGUCAUUCUCCUCCUUUCUUCAAGGGUGCAUGCAUCACUUGUGAGAAAACGGCGCUAGCGACUCUCAAGUUCAUUGCCCGUUGGCUCGGUUCGACUUGACUUCUAGUCCCCGUAUCGUCCUACUUUCAUUCCAGCUUUAUUUUACAUUUCCAUCCCCACUUUUUGGCUCGUGAGGCGGACUGGCUAACACUGACUGGGCGUAGCUGGAGAGGAUUUUGCUAGCUUGCAGCUGCACUAACCGAUUAAUCAUCGCGGUCUUCUGAAAGUCUUGAGCGAUUGUCAUCCUCUGAGAUUUAAAUCAGCCAGUCUUGCCCUACAGAGACGAAACACUAUCAUUCAAAGGGGAGAUGAAGCCGGAUGGGGUUGCCACGGCAGCACUGGAGCCAAUGGAAACAUUGGACUCUAAUCCAGCAAAUGAGGCAGCACCACCUGCAGGGCAGGAGCCCGACCUUGUAGCCGUUCCAGCUGAGGAGAUGCCACAGCAUUCUGCUGGAGAUAAGGGGGAAGUGGAGCCACAGGCAAACCAGGGCAAGGAAACCCCAGCUGCCAAGACUGGCACCAAGGCCUCUGGUGACACUAAAGCCAAGGCUACCAACAAGGCUGCUCCUAAGACAAAACCCAGCACCACAAGCUCAUCCAAGGCUCCAUCUGGCCCACGUUCAAACCCAUCCCAGAGUCGGCUGUCAAAUGGCUCGUCUAAGCCUCAGACUAAUGGUGUAGUUAAGAAGACCACACCUGCUGCAGAAAAAAAGGGCACCCCAACCUCUGCUUCCAUCAAAAAACCAACUGGGACAGCAGGUGCACCAGCUUCCAAGACCACUACUAAAGUUGGAGAGAAAAAGGCUCCAGGGACCCCUUCUACCACCAACAAUGCAAAGUCAACAGCGGGAGCACCAGCAACCAAAAAGACUCCAUCCAUUACUUCUAAUGGUGUCAAAUCCAGCACUGCUGUGGCUGCAAAAAAGCCUCCAGCUUCCAAACCUGCUUCCGCAGCUCCAACCAAGAAUAGCUCUGUUGACUCAUCCAAGGUGGAUAAACCCCCGGUUUCCAAAACAACCAGGUCCACAGUAGGCACAGCAGUUUCAUCUCGACCAGCUACUGGGUCGUCUCUGUCAGCCAGCACAGCCAAGAACUCCACAGCUACAUCCAAACCUGCCACCCCUAAAACUGCCUCCACCUCUAUCAAGACUGCUACUCCCAAAUCAAGCACCACUACACCCUCUAGUGGCAAACCUCCUGCAUCACAGUCAAGAAACACAACCCCUGUGAAAAAAGAUGUUACCAAACCAGCAACUCCAGCAGCCAGAAAACCUGUAGAUUCCCCUCUCACUCGACCUUCAUCUACAGCAAAGUCUACUAAACCUGAGACUCCCAAGACAAAAUCAGAUGUCUCCUCUAAAAAGCCACCCACAAAUAAGGCUGUAGAAACAAAGACACCAAACCGCUCCAAACCACAAGAGAGUAAGCCCAUGGCUUCCAAGGAUACCUCCAAGACCACAAGCACCAAAACAGCUAACAGCAAGGCCUCCAGCCCCAAGAAGACUGUGGGAAGUACCACUCCAACUCCUGUUAAACGUGGUCCUAAAGUUGAACGUGGAAAAGAAACUGGUGCGGUAAUUGCUGCUGCUGCAACCAUCGCUACUGCAGCAUCUGUCUUCGCAAGGCCAGAAGAGUCUCAGCCUCCUGCAGAAAAUUAUUUGGAGCCAUCUGAGCUCACUGUUGAAGCACAGCAAGAGAAAAUACCGGAGCAUGUACAGAAACCGACUCCCGAGCCUGUGCGGGAAUCAUCGCCUGAGCCCAUAAGGGAACCAGCCCCCGAGCCCCUGCAGAAGCGGGAACCAACCCCCGAUUCAAUGCGGGAACCAACCCCUGAGCCCGUAAGGGAACCAACACCAGAGCCCCUGCAGAUGCGGGAACCAGCCCCCGAGCCCGUAAGGGAACCAACACCAGAGCCCCUGCAGAUGCGGGAACCAACCCCCGAGCUCGUAAGGGAACCAACACCAGAGCCCCUGCAGAUGCAGGAACAAACACCCGAGCUCGUAAGGGAACCAACACCAGAGCCCCUGCAGAUGCGGGAACAAACACCCGAGCCCGUAAGGGAACCAACACCAGAGCCCCUGGAGAUGCAGGAACCAACACCCGAGCCCAUAAGGGAACCAACACCAGAGCCCGUAAGGGAACCAACACCAGAGCCCCUGGAGAUGCAGGAACCAACACCAGAGCCCGUAAGGGAACCAACACCAGAGCCCCUGGAGAUGCAGGAACCAACACCCGAGCCCAUAAGGGAACCAACACCAGAGCCCGUAAGGGAACCAACACCAGAGCCCCUGGAGAUGCAGGAACCAACACCCGAGCCCAUAAGGGAACCAACACCAGAGCCCGUAAGAGAACCAAUACCAGAGCCCCUGCAGAUGCGGGAGCCAACACCAGAACUGUUUCAAGAACAAACACCUGAGCAAAGAAGUGAAGGAUACGCCAAUGUCCGGAUGUCACCUCAGAUGACCACUUUAAAAUUUGAAGACAGCAGUUCGGUUCCCUCCUUGGGAACUACUGUCAUGUCUCCCCCUUGCUCCCCACCAGGCCCUUCCUCUCCUGUUAGAGAAUCACAGAAUGGCUCCUCAGAUGUUCCAUCUGAUUCCUGGGACAGGAACCAGUCUCCUACUGUUCUGGCAACCCAGAGGUUGCUUAAUGUGAUGACAUUCCAGGCAGAGGAGAAGAAUGAAAAAGCAUACAAAGUUCAGGGGAUACUGGAUGUUGAGAAAGAAAAAGAAGAGCAGGAGGAACUAGUUAAAGAACCCCUAGUUCUGCCUACCUCGACAACUCCAGAGGCCUUUUCUGCAGUUGGACAACCUCACAACUUUGGUGCUUUGCCUUUGGAUAAUUUCAUCUACAGAGACCUUGUAUCUCCUCAUGAAAAGGAGGAGGCAGUGGAAAAGGCUGAUGAGGAGGUCAAUGAGGAUGAUGACGACGAUGAAUAUGAAGAAGAGAGGAGACCAGGCCACCAGCUUUCAUCCUUGGUCACUGACAUGAGUACGUCUCAACCCUCUGAUGAAUUCCAGGUACGGUCGUCGGCAUUUGGAGGUUCGGCAGGUUGGCACGCCGAUGACCUGAUGUCUGGGAUGGACUCCGAGGAUAUGAGCAGCUGCACCAGCAGCCGACAGCAAGGAGUGUCCGACCUCAGCAGCACUCAGCACACUGCUAUAUUAGAGGGCACCCAGAGCUCGGACGCCUUGAUCGAUUCCAGCCUCAGAGGUUCUGAAGGAGAGGGUAACCUCAUGGGUUCUCCCAAUGUGGAAACCCUGGCUAAUGAGGAAGAAGAGGAUGAAGAUGAUGAGCGGGUGGACGAUAUGGAUUUGAGCUCAGAGCAAGCAGAGGAGCAUCACAAAGUGUUCCAGGAUCACAAACAAGAGGAGGAGGAUGACGACGAUGUGGAGAUGUACAGCGAAGGCAUGACGGAGAGCGGUCAUGUCGAUGAUGACUUUAACAAAGAGGAGCACCUGGACAACCUGCCCCACUCUGGUCCAUUGUCUGGUGUUCCCCGUGCAUCCUCCUGGGGUCAGACAAACCCUUUCUCAGACACCUGGGCUCAACCAGCCUCCCUGCUCUCCAAGUCCUCCCCAAGCCCUCUGUCUGACCACUAUGUUGCAGAAUCGGAGACUCCCACCCAGGCUUUUGCUCAGCCAUGUGUUGACAGCAGUGCCCCUUUUUUUCCCCUAGAGGCAGACCAGGAACCACAGCACCAUCGCUCAGCACAUGGGGAGGGUCAUGACCUUCUUGCUGCUUCGUCUGUGGGCAUAUCCCAGUCCGGGACUGCUCAACCUGCUCACAGCGGCAGUGAAACAAGCACUCCUGAGGACCUCCGUGAUUAUGACAGCAGCUCUGGAGUAGAGUCCCACUCUGAUAAACAGCAGACCCCAGUGCCGGCAUCAGUUCAGCCAGACAUGGACCAGGACUUGGGCAUUCACUUGGAAAAAGGAGAUGGAGAGGAGGAAGAGGCUGAGACUCUUCCUGCAGAUGAGGUGCUUGGAACAGGACCCCCAACAGCUUCUGCGUCCGUCCGUUCUUCCCCCUCUUCCUCCGGCGAUGACGCCAGUGACACAGAAGGGGAGAUAGAGAUUAAUGACCCAGAGGCACCUAUGAUGAUGGAUGAAAGGGCUUCAUUUGAAAGCCCUCCUCCUACCUGUAGCUUGUUAGCUCUGGAGGAGGAUGAGGAGGCAGCAGAUCUACCAGCUGGAGAGGGUGAAGAGGACGGAGGUGGCGCCACCCCUCAGUCCGCCAAUUCCGUGGCAUCUUAUGGCUUUGACUGCACCACAUCCAACUCCAAUGCCCACUCCAUGGCCGAGAGCUGUGGUAAGAGCCCAGGGAUCUUCUCCCUUGAGAAUGAGGAACAGCUUCCAGAGGAGGCCAAGGACCCUUCCCUAAUUAAGGAGCUGACCCUGCCGUCAUCUGCUGCUGCAUCCCAGGCCAAGGAUCUGCUGGGCAGCCCCGUGAACCUGAUCCCUUUGGGCUGCCAAGGAGACUGCUUUCCCAGUCUGAAUGAUCACCACAGCUUUCUGCUUGGAGGAAAUGUUGCAGCAGAUCACCAGAAGAAGGCAAAUCCACUGGAGGGCAGCGAGGUCCUCGUAGACCAGGAAUGUGGUGACUCCGACAACAGCCUGACACCUUACUUCUCCACCAUAUGUGAUAAGACUGAUAGUUUUCUUGAAGGAGAAGCAAAGACCCCUGAAGUGGAUGAAGACUACAAGUGGCAAACACGCACUCGGGAGGACAACCGGAACCAGAACCACUCUUUCUCUGUUCCAAUAGCCAAUGGCCACUACUUGGCAUUGGUACCUGGCAACAGGAGACCCAUUGAUCCAACACUAGCGGAGCAUUUUUCCAGGAUGGCACCCCCUCCGUUUUCCUCCAAAACCAGCACUGAGAGCAGUUACAUUAUUGAGGAACAGCUAAGGAGGCUGGAGCAGCAUCGUCAGGAGCAGGAAAGACAGAAGAGGCAGUGGCUGGAGGAGGAGCGGCUCAGGCUGGAGCAACAGAAGCAGCUGGAGAAGCAGCGGAGGGAGCUCCUCCAGCUGCAGCUGCAGCAACAACAGCAGGAGCACCGUCACCGCAGGCAGGUUCUGCAGUGGCAGCUAGAGCUGGAGCACCAGUACCGCAUGCAGCAGAAGCAGAUCCAGCAGCAGCAGCAACUGAGGAGGAGCCCGACUGGCGUGAUGCUGUCACCAUCAUCCGGGCUCUGCACCAUCUAUGAAGCCAUGGAAACCAGCGACGAGGAGGACGAGGUCAAGGGAGAGCAGAACACGAAUAUUCAAGUGGGACGGAGGAGGCUGCUGAAUUCCCAAGGCACCUUGCAGGAUAACCAGAGGCAACUGCAUCCUGUGCCUCCACAGGACCUGGAAUGGAACAAGAAGGUGGACAUGGUCCAGCAGCUCAUCAACCAGUCCUUGAUGUUGUCUGGCGAUGGAGGCUGCCCCCCGCUCCUGCUUCUACCCGUAGAGACCGGGGGGACCCUAAGCCCCCUGAAAAGCAGCAUGUGGCCAAACCUUCCUCAGUUCAACCCUCCUACAGCUACUGUGACCUCUGUCAGCAGCUACUCCCCGGACAGCCGGGGCAGCUCUCCAGCUGGAGACUGGACUGUGGUGGAGGUGGAGACCCAGCACUAAGGCAGCUUAUCAACUGUGACUUCUUUUGUAACUUCACAAAAAGCUACCAAAAAUAUCACUUUACCUAUCUUUAUCUACACGAUACAUCCUCACUGGUGAACAUCUUGAUUUGAGAUAACAAUUGCUGAAGCUGUUGAUGGAUUUUUAGUUUAAUCCAAGUACGAGUUACAUGUUUAAUUUUAUUACACAACCAUACAAACCUGAAUUACAGUUGGGUUUUGUGCUCUUGUGAUGAAUCCCAUAUUGAUCCCUGUAACCCACACAUAAACCUGCACAGUGUUUGCUUUACAGCAUGUUCUCUUUACACAAGCACCUGUGUUGUGUUAAUGUCUCCUGUAUCGGUAUAAGAACAUUAAAUCAAAUACAGUGCCUUGAUAAAGUGCUCAUACACCUUGAACUUUUUUUAAAUGUUAGCAUCCUAUGGUAACUGGAGGAGCUGGGUGCUCUGGUCAGUUGAGAACAAACUUACUGUGUGGCCUUCAUGCAAAACGCCGUAUGUGGUAAAAAAACAAAAACUGCACAUCAGCCAGAAAGCACCAUCCUUAUCAUAAAACCUGGUGGUGGCAACAUCAUGAUGUGGGGACCUUUUACUAGAGGUAGGGAAGCUGUUCAGAGCUAAAAGACAUAAAGCCAGAGAUAAAAUGGGACUGUUUAGAUCCUUUAUAUGUUAGAAUGGCCCAGUCAAAGUUUAAACCUAAAUCCGUAUAAAAAUCUGUGGCAAGAUUGUAAAAAGUGCUGCACACAGACGCUCACCAUCCAGUCUAACUGAGCCUGAGCUAUUCUGCAAAGAAUGGACAGAAAUGUCCUUCUUUUCAAAGAGGGCGGCAGGGGGCUGAAUAAAAAUGCAUGCCACACUUCAUAUUUUUUUUAAAUCUGCAUGGUUAUCCUUCAACUUCAUAAUUAUGCAGUAUUUUGUGUUGUUCUCUGACAUAUCCCCCCUCCUCAAAAAAACAAACAAACCGUAAAGCUAAUAUUUAUAAAAUGAUGAAAUGUGGUAAAGUUCAAAGGGUAUGAAUACUUUUGAAAGACACUGCAUUGAUCCCCCUCAUGGAUGAGGGAUGAAGCUAUGACAAGUUGCACUUAUACUAUGUAUUUACUAUGCCUUCCAACGUCCUUUUGCAGGUAAGUGGUUGAACUGUUAACAGAUGAAUAUUUUGCGGACUUUUUAUAUUUAAAACCCUAAUAGUAAGAUGCCGGGGGGGUGGGGUCUCUUUUUUUUUUUUGUCCUCUUCCGAGGUUUCUUGCGAGUUCUCAGGGCGACAAAGUCCAAAUAGAUCUGUCAGUCAUUGAGGAGCGAGGGAGGGAGGAACAGGAGAAAGGAGCUCCUUGUU